AUGAAUUCGAAAACGCCGAUUUAUCACGAAAAGCAGGUUAAAGAGCUCUGUGCAUUACAUGCGCUUAAUAAUUUGUUCCAGAUGCGUAACACUUUUUCCAAGUCCGAAUUGGACACAAUAUGCAGCCGUUUAUCACCAAAUGUUUGGAUCAAUCCUCAUAGAUCUAUGCUGGGGCUAGGGAAUUAUGAUAUAAAUGUCAUUAUGGCUGCACUACAAAAGAAAGGAUGUGAAGCUGUCUGGUUUGACAAAAGGAAGGAUCCCGGGUGCUUGGACUUAUCAAACAUUUGUGGUUUCAUACUCAAUGUACCGUCGGAUUACAAGUUGGGGUUUGUUAUGUUGCCACUUCGUCGCCGCCAUUGGAUUACUAUCAGGCAAAUCCAAGGCAGCUUCUACAACCUGGAUUCAAAACUUGAUGCACCCAGUUUAAUAGGGCGGAGUGCAGACCUGAUAGUAUAUUUAAAAGAACAGCUAGAAUGCAAAGAGAAGGAAUUGUUCGUGGUUGUGAGUAAAGAAGUUGAAGAGAAACAGCUUUGGAUGCAUCAGUACACCUUUCAGAACCACCAUGCGCAAGAACCUGGGCAUAAUGUGCACCAAAACCACUGUGAUAUUACACCUGACAGUAUAUCAUCCAAUGAUUAUAUAAGUCGAGACGCUGAGUGUGUUAAACUAACAGAAGUGACAAACUGUGUUGACAGCAGAGAAAAUAAUGUUUAG